CCGAAACCAAACCUCCUAAGAUGAAACCCGGCCGAGAUGGCUCUACACCCAAAACUAAAUUCGAUUCAUCUGUUAUCAAAAACACCCAAUCCAUCGAUUCCAAACAUAAAAUAUCAUCCACCAUCAGAUCUAAAAAUGAGGCUAAAGGGAAGUCAAUUAUUGUGACUUCUUCCAAGACCAAAUCAGUAACAACCGCGGUUAAAACAACAAGAGAAAAGAAAGUUUAUUCCUUGCCUGGACAGAAGUUUGAUCUUCCAGAAGAGCGAGAACCUCUGCGGAUCUUCUACGAGUCCUUGUCCAGACAGAUACCUUCUAGUGAAAUGGCAUAGUUUAUCUUUCUGGUUAUAAUUACAAAUCAACACAAUCUCCCUAAUCCAAAACCCACAUCCACAAGCGUAACCCUCCCUUUUCAAAACCCUGGAUUUCUUCGAGGACGAACCGACUUCCCUGCUCGAUCACACGCAUAAACGGUCUUCACCACGACGACCACCAUCGCUUGUAGAUCUAAAACCCCCAAAUCUGUUUGCUUCAAGAUCUGUCUUUUCAUGUGAAAAGAAUGGAGAAGUUAGGGUUCUGUUUGUGGACGAGGGAUUAGGGCUUUUGGUGUGAGAAUCGUCAUCUUUUUAAUGAUUGUAAUGUAAUGGAAGCCGGUGGUGGCUCAUGGCUGUGGAGGCGGUGGUGGCUGGUGGUUUAGUGUAAAAUGAGAUAGGUGGGCAGGGAGAGGAUGAU